GAGACUCAUCAGGGGCAGCUCUGAUCUCUGCUCCCUGGGAUGGUGACAGGASCCGAGGGGAUGGAUGGAGCUGUGUCAGGGGAGGGUUAGGUUGGAUAUUAGGAAAAGRUUCUUCUCCCAGAGGGUGUCAAGCACUGAACAGGCUCUCCAGGGAAUGGUCUUGGAGCUCAAGGAGYGUUUGGACACCGCUCUGAGGCACAGGGAGGGCCAGGAGUUGGACUGGGUGAUCCUUGGGGGUCUCCUCCAACUCAGRAUAUUCUGUGAUUCUGUAAAAUGUGCCCGAGGAGGGGUCAGUCAGUCCCUGUUCCCUCACAAACCGCUCGCUGUCACGCAGGACGCGCUGCGCAGCUCCGGCUCCGACGGGAUGGGGCAGAUCUCCCUGGAGUUUUACCAGAAGAAGAAAUCACGGUGGCCCUUCUCGGACGAGUGCAUCCCCUGGGAGCUCUGGACCAUCAAGGUGAACGUGGUGAACCUGGCCAACGAGCAAGAGAGGCAGAUCUGCCGCGAGAAGGUGGGCGAGAAGCUCUGCGAGAAGAUCAUCAACAUCGUGGAGGUGAUGAACCGCCACGAGUACCUGCCCAAGAUGCCCACCCAGUCCGAGGUGGACAACGUCUUUGACACCAGCCUGAAGGACGUGCAGCCCUACCUGUACAAGAUUUCCUACCAGAUCACGGACUCCCUGGGCACCUCGGUCACCACCACCAUGCGCCGGCUCAUCAAGGACACGCUGGCGCUGUAAGGGUUGGUGUCACCCAGGCAGGUGACAAUGGCACUUCUUUGGGACAGCGACUCUGCUUGGAUCCCCUCCAAAAAACCCUCUGGGAGGAGCUGGGCUUGGCCUAGGCUGUAAUUUGGAGGUUGCUCCUCCUUGGUUUACACCGUGGGGUUUUGUCCAUCCUGGAGAACUGGCUUGGCAGCUCCGGCCUGGCUGAUGACUGGGGUGAGUCCUCAGGGCACGUGUGGCACCAGUUUGGCAUGGGGCUGGGGCCUGGCAGAGGGUGCUGGGGGUCAGGGUGAUAUCUGAGCCCCACCCUUCUGCAGCACACUUGGUGUCACACAGCCAGUGCUGGCCGUGUCCCUUAUCAYCACCUGUAACCCACUGGUGUCACCCCAGUUCCUGGGGGGGCCAGAGCUUCUCCAAAAAAUAAAGUUUCUGCUUUCACAUGGA